GUCGGCGAGAAGACCACGGCGCCGCAAGGCUCGCAAGCCCCUCGUUCAGAUCGCGGAAAACGGAUCGUCGCGCCGCGGACCUUCCGGACCGCCCUCCGAGUCGCCUGCCGGUCAGGAUGGUGGCCAGCAUGUCGUGGCCGCGGACCGCCUGCGUCGGCCUGCUCGCGCUGCUGUGCGUCUCCCUGAGCCCCUCGAGCGCGCGACCGUCGUCAGAGUCGGCGGAGGCGACCACUGUCUCGAGCGUCCAGGACGAGGAGUGCUUGACGGAGGGAUGCAACCGCACAGUGGCGAGCUUGGCGCGGGCCAUGAACCUGUCCAUCAACCCCUGCGACGACUUCUACCAGUUCGCGUGCGGCCGGUACGUGAGGGACACGCCGCUGCCGCCCAACAAGGGCACCGUGAGCGUGGUCUCGCAGCUGGAGGACGUGCUGCGCGAACAGCUUCGGGAGCUGCUGGCGGAGGCGCCAGGCCCGGGCGAGCCCGCCGCCUUCGGCAAGGCCAAGACCCUGUACCAGUCAUGCAUGAACACGACGCGUUUGGAAGAGCUCGGCGUCGAACCCGCGAAGAAAAUACUGGCCACUCUGGGAGUGCCGUCGUGGCCGAUUCUGGAGAGCGACGCCUGGGAUGACAGCGAGUUCGACUGGCAGAACAUGAGCUUCAAGUUGAUGGAGAUGGGCCUGUACGACGACUUCAUUUUCGCCUAUGGCGUGGAGAUCGACAUCAACAACACGGCGCGGCACGCGUUGAAGGUGGAGCCCCCCGAGUUCAACCUGGACCUCGUGGGGCUGGACAACGUGACCAGGACGAUGCACGUGCAGGAGUACCUGUACGAGCUGCUGGAGACGGCCAAGAUGCUGCGGCCCGAGGUCGCCGAUCUCGUCAACACCAACAAACUCUCACUGUUGCAGGAGGAGACCGAGAAGGUCGCCACCCUGGAGAUCACCUUGAACUUGUGCACCAUGUCCCUGGAGGACCGCCGCAACCUGACGCUGGGGCUGACCGAGAUGCCCCUGUCCAGGCUGCAGGAGAUUUACCCGUACGUGUCGUGGCUCAACUACACCAAGCACAUGCUGCCCCCGGGCGCCAACGUCACCGAGGACGAGAGCGUCGUCGUCGUGGACGUCGUGUUCAUGGCCGCGCUGGGCAAGAUCAUGGAGGCCACUCCGAAAAGGGUGCUGGCCAACUACCUAGUGUGGCGCGUGCUGGAGAACACCGUGAUGGACGUGCUGAACGAGAAGGCCCGGAGCAUCGGCGUCAAGCGGAAAAUGGCGCGCUGGGAGGAGUGCGUCAAGGCCGUGCAGAUUGGCAUGCGGAUGGCCACCUCGGCCAUGUACGUGCGCAGGCACUCGUCCGAGGAGGCGCGCAACAAGACCGUCGAGAUGGUGCAGGACAUCAGCAAGGAGAUGCACCGCCUGCUCGACUCCGUGGACUGGAUGGACCCGAAGACGCGGCGCGCUGCCAUGAUGAAGGCCGAGGUGAUGCGUUACAACGUGGCCUACCCGCAAGAACUGCUCAACGACACGCUGCUGGACCAAUUCUACGAAAAGUUGGAGGUCCAGCCCAACGACCUGCUGGGCAACACGCUGGCCGUCGAAAAGCGAAGGUUUGACAGGUCCAUGGCCAAGUAUCGAACGAAGGUCCAGAAGUACCACUGGUCAUUCAUCUCCGGCAUAGCCGACAUCGUCAACGCCUUUUUCCUGCACAGCGACAACAGUCUGAGCAUUCCCGCCGGCCUGAUGCAGGGCGCCUUCUUCCAGAAAGACCGGCCGCAGUACAUGAACUACGGCGGCAUCGGGUUCGCCAUCGGGCACGAGGUGUCGCACGCCUUCGAUGAAACGGGCGGCCUCUUCGACAUGAACGGGCUGCUGGCCAACUGGUGGGACGUGGAGACGAAGAAGCUGUUCGACGAGAAGGUCCGUUGCAUCGUCGACCAGUACAGCAGCAUGAAGGACCCGAACAUCAACGUCACGGUGAACGGGAUCCUGACGCAGAGCGAGAACAUCGCGGACAACGCGGCGCUCAAGCUGGCGUACCGCGCGUACAUGCGCUACACUGCGCGGCACGGCACCGAGCCCCGCACCACCGUCAAGGUGCUGGACGACGACAAGCCGCGCACCGUCACGCUCAAGCCGCGGCAGAUGUUCUGGGUGUCGUUCGCCUCGGCGUGGUGCUCCAAGGAGACGCACAAAGACCUCAACCUCCAGCUACGGACCAACUCUCACCUGCCGGGCGUCCACCGCGUCAACGGCGCUGUGAGCAACACGGAGGAGUUCGCUUCGGAUUUCAAGUGCCCCGUCGGCUCCCCCAUGAACCCCGUGCACAAGUGCCAAGUUUGGUGACGAGGGUUGAAGGUCGAAGCGUCCUGCGAGACGCUUCUCUUUGACGGUAGCUCAUGCUCAUGGGGUGCACACUCAUAUAGGUUUACACAUGCAUCUAGUCGCCACAACAUCGUUAUUUAAUUUUACUUUAUAUUAAUAAGUCGUUGCACAUUGUUAUAAUUUAAUUUUUUUAGAAUAAAGCAUUUGAAAAGUG